CGACUCGACAACUGUAAACCUCCAAGUACUCCGUCCUCCUCAUCGACAUCGUGGGGAGAAAGGUCUCGGUUGUACCACAAUGCUUCAUGGACCGUGAAAGAAAUAAGGUAUAUUUUCCGCGAGGCUGAGCAAACGCAGAGGCUAGUGCCAGUGGUCGAAUCGCCACGGUUGAGUGCAAGACGCGUCGAGGUGAUCAAACGCGUCUGAGGCUUAUGUAAGCCGACGUGUCAUGCAAUGCAGACAGUCAGCCACCGCCAGCCAACGGCCAGCCAGCACAACACUUGCCAGCCGCCUCCGACGUGUAUUUCUUCUCCACACCGCCUUGUCUUACCUCCUUCUGCUUGCCCCGGCCAUCUCUGUCCUUUCUCCCUUCGCAUCACCUCACGAACCCGGCACACCCGUCGUCACGACCCGCGUGAACGCGUGCCACGAUGAACGAACAGCAGGCGAAGGCACCGCAGGAUCUCCGUAAUGUCGUCAACUAUCUGCGCAGCAGCAAGGCUGGGAUGAAGAUCCGGGUGGGGAUUCUGAACGGGAAGCGGAUAGAUUACUUCAAAGGCAGAAGCGCUAUCAAAGCCCUCCUCGCACCAACAUACACGAAGCUCAAAAACGUCCCGCCCGUCACCAACGAGGCAGAGGCCAGCACCGUCCUCACAUCCGUCAUCCCCUUCGCCUUCUACCUGCACGUCGACCGGGGGCAGCCCUCCGGCUCCUCCAACUCGCCCAAGCUGCUCACGCUCGAGCAGAUGCAGACCGCGUUCGACGCGUCGCACUACUACGCGUGGUUCUACGAGGGCUCGCAGUGGACGACGUACGCCGGUGGGCUCGCCAUGGUCGCGAUCAUGCUCGCCGGCGUCAUGUUCCCGCUCUGGCCGCCCGUCAUGCGGCUGUACGUGUGGUACCUCAGCAUCGGCGUGCUCGGCCUCGUCGGCCUCUUCUUCGCGAUCGCCAUUGUGCGGCUGAUCUUCUACAUCAUCACUGUGAUCGUCGCAAGUCCUGGAAUCUGGAUAUUCCCGAAGCUUUUCGCAGACGUCGGAUUCGUGGAGUCCUUCAUUCCACUAUGGGAAUGGGACUUCCCAAAAAAGAAGGGCAAGAAGAGACGUGUCGAGAGGGAGAAAGGAAAGGGUCGCGCCGCGCCCACAGAAGAGGGCAGCGCCCUCAUCGAGGAGGUCGGCGACUCGGGCUCCUCGCGCCCAGCAAGCCGAACCGCACGGGUCGAGGAUGUCCCCGAGGACGAUUAGGCUUCAUGCUGAGUAGUGUCGAUGAUGCGGGGGUUGCUGUAUCUAUUGGCUAGGCAUUCUUCUCUCUGGGACGAUUAAGCUAUUAUAAUCCGAUUAGUUCUCUCUAUGCUCAACUAUUCUCCGUCGAUAAUGAGUUGGCGGGGGUGACGCGGCUUGAGGUGCGGUCGAGUCGUCGGAGUGCUGCCUGUGCUUCCAUGACGCCCUCGCGCAUUUUGAUGCUCCGUGCCUGGUCAAGACUCUGCUUGAACAGUUGUCUGGACUGAUCGACGUCGCCACCCAU